AUGAUCUUGAAAUAUAUUCAAUACAUUACUGUAGGGAAAUAUAAGCACAACCAGGCUGUACUGUACAAUAGAAAUGAGGCUUCCACUACCUACCUGUUUCCCUCCCCUGCUAGGGCCCAGCUCAGCUGGUAUACCGAUUGCCUGACCAAGGGUUUAUUUGAUUUAAGAUUGAGAGCAUUUCACUUCUACUCAUGUGUACAGACGGGUGUAUCCUUGCAUGAGAGGUUGUAUACCAAUACAGUGUAUUCCCUUUCUGAUAUAAAAAGACCAGUGGAAACAUCGAUUAUGGAUGAAGAUGUAAAACAAAAGCGAAUCAGCACAGAAGAUGGACUAGCUUUUUACUCCCCCUCCACGAAAUUGUCUAUAGUACCUGCCUACAAAGGGUUUCAGCCAGAGUCCUCGAGCGAUCCGGGCUGCGAAGUAGUCCUCCUCCUCCUCCUCCUCUACUCGAACACUCGCUCAGGUCCUCCUCCAAGAGCUCUCGCCAUGAGGGUCUUCUCCGUUGGGUUGGUGACGGCGACGCUGCUGUUCGCCUGGAGCGAUGCCAAUGCCAGGAUAGCACCAAAGAGCAGGUUUAUCGGUUUUCGUCAAGUGACACUGAACCCAGAUCAGGCUCAAACCUACCCCAGUGGUGGUGUUGGUCCCCGUCAGGUGACACUGAACCCAAAUCAGGCUCAGACCUACCCCAGUGGUGGUGUUGGUCCCCGUCAGGUGACACUGAACCCAGAUCAGGCUCAAACCUACCCCAGUGGUGGUGUUGGUCCCCGUCAGGUGACACUGAACCCAGAUCAGGCUCAAACCUACCCUAGUGGUGGUGUUGGUCCCCGUCAGGUGACACUGAACCCAGAUCAAGCUCAGACCUACUCCAGUGGUGUUGGCCCGCGCAUGGAAGUGGCACCACAGUUUGAAAAUAGAGCUGCAGUAAAUUGCGGAUCUUACUACAUAGCCCCGGGUUCUUCCAAGACAUUCCAGUCAAAGAACUACCCCAGUAACUACCCUGGUGGCAAGAAGUGCACAUGGAAAUUCCGCACUUCUGUCGAUUCAAAGUUGAGCAUCCAGUGUGACGAUUUCAAUCUGCAACAGUCGAGACAAUGCAAAAAGGAUUUCUUCCGGGUCACGGAUUCCUCUGGUUUUAAACAAAAAUACUGCGGUGCCAAGGGUUCUCUGAGCGUUUCUGAUAAAUCUAGGAGAGUUACUGUUUUGUUCAAAACAAACAGGAAGAAAUCUAAUACAGGAUUUUCCUGUUCUGUCAGAGCUUCAGUGCCAGACUCCCAAACAACAACUGUAGACCCUCAGCCAACUUCGGAAUGCACUGGAUGUGGACAAGUGAACCGUGCCAACCGCAUUGUUGGUGGAGUAGAGACAGAGGUGAACGAAUAUCCCUGGAUGGUGUCUCUUGUCAACGGCAAUGGAUACUAUCACUUCUGUGGCGGUUCUAUCAUCUCCAGUCAAUGGGUCGUCACUGCAGCUCACUGUGCAGCUAUCAUGAGCACCUCGGAUUAUGUGUUGGUGGGAGACCACAAUCUGUACUCAUCAAGUGAUGCCAAUUCUCAGUGGAUGCAAAUUGCUGAAAUUGUGAGUCAUCCGUCCUAUGAUUCAAAUACACUGGACAACGACAUUGCCCUCAUCAGACUUACCACAGAAAUACAGUUCCCAUCUGACAACAAAAUCGCCCCUGUGUGCCUUCCAACAGCUGGUGAAAUGUAUGAUAAUGUGGAUGCCACAAUCACCGGAUGGGGAGCUCAACAGGAGGGAGGAUCCACAUCCGGUACCUUGUUCGAAGUAACAGUGCCCACCAUGACUAACACCGAAUGCAAUAACAAAUAUGGAGGAAGCAUUACUGACAACAUGAUCUGCGCAGGCAUUCCUGAGGGAGGCAAGGACUCCUGUCAGGGAGACUCUGGAGGACCAAUGGUGGUGGAAGAAAACGGCAAGUGGAAACUGGUGGGAGUUGUAUCGUGGGGAUAUGGCUGUGCUCGGCCUGAUAGGCCCGGAGUCUAUGCCAGAGUUACACAAUAUUUGCAAUGGAUUUCUGACUCUACAACCGGUGUCUGUGUUGAUGGAAACACACCUGCUCCUACUAAUGCCCCGACGCCCGCUCCUACUCCUGCACCCACGCCUGCCCCUACAUCUACUCCCAGUUCUGACUGCCCUGGAUGUGGACAAGUGAACCGUGCCAACCGCAUUGUUGGUGGAGUAGAGACGGAGGUGAACGAAUAUCCCUGGAUGGUUUCUCUUGUCAAUGGCAAUGGAUAUUAUCACUUCUGUGGCGGUUCUAUCAUCUCCAGCCAAUGGGUCGUCACUGCAGCUCACUGUGCAGCUGUGUAA